GUCUUGUUGUUAGGUAGGUUGUCAGGGCAGCGCAUCAGCUGGUGAGCUCACACGGUAAUUUUAGGACUUUAAAUAAUGAUGACACGUAUAUUGAUCAAAGAAAACCAAUCUCGGGACAUAUGCUUUCUCGCUAGAAGAGCAUUUGUUUCUUUGGGCAUCAGAAACACCAGCUUCUGUCCAAGCAGCUCGAGGUUUGCGCAGGGAUUUGAUCCUUAGCUCGCUAGACAGCUAGUGAUUCCCUCCGUCAGGGAGACACAACUAAUCUGAUCGAUUUUUACUUUUGCUGCAACGACAUCCUGCAAAUCGUCCCAUUUUGCGAUUCAUUUGCAACCAUGGAAGACAGCGAGGAAGAGUUUAUAGAGCAGGAAGAAUGCGACUUCCACGACCUGCCACUGAUCUCUCCCUACAACGCCUCUUUUCGGUCCCCUCGGUCCCCUCGCCUGCACAUAGAGAGGAGCAAUGUCUGCUCCCGAGCUUAUUUCGUUGUGGUUAUGGUCUUUUUUCACGUUUACAUCCUGAAUGUUAUUGCCCUGCUGCUCUACGUGCACUAUAGCAACGGCCCCGGGGAUUUGGUCCCCCUUGAUCAGGUCCUCCACAGCGGGAGCCGCCUCCCCCAGCCGGCCCCGGCAGCACCAGAGGUCCGUGUGGAGGAAACCAGUCACAGCUUCAGCCUGCACCGCAUGGAGGGGAUCCGGGUUGGACAUAUUCAGAAGGUGUCACUCUUACCAGACAGAACACACAAGAUGAAGACCCUCAGCUUGAAACCUCUGCUUUUUGAGAUCCCUGGCUUCCUGUCGGAAGAGGAGUGCCGUAUGGUGGUGCAGUUGGCUCAGCUCAAGGGCCUGAUGGAUAGCCAGUCAACAGCACCUGGCCAGGGACACGAGGAGUCAAACCAGCCACUACUUGCACUCAGCACAGAAGAAGUCUUCAGUCUCUUGGACCUGAACCAAGAUGGGCUGCUUCAGAAGCACGAGAUUGUGAGUCAUUCACGUUCUCGAGACGGAACUUGGUUGAGCCCGGAUCAUUUACGGCAAAUACUGACUGGUCUGGAAGUCUGUGCAACAGGGAUGCUGACAUUGGGGGACUUUACACGUGUUUAUGAAGUGUCCCAGCAUUCCGGACAACAGCGAAGCGGGAAGCUCCAUAGUCACUUCAAACAGACAAACAAAUAUACAUGGCUAUUUCAAGGACCAGGAUCUCACCACGUGCUGCAGACACUUCAGAGAAGAGUAAUUAGUUUGACGCGUCUGCCAGCCUCACUGGUUGAACUGAGUGAACCGCUGCAGGUAAUUCGCUAUGAGCAAGGAGACUUCAGCAACGCCCACUAUGAUAGCAGCCCUUCCCACUCAGAAACCAGCUGUGCACACACACGGCUGGCAGGAAACACAUCUGCUCUUACAGUCUCUUGCAGGUAUCUGACGGUCUUAUUCUACCUCAGCUCUGUAGACGAUGGUGGUGAGACCACUUUUCCUGUGGCAGACAACCGUACCUAUGAUGAACAGGCUCUGGACCAGGAUGGAGUUGAUUUGACUGACACCCAGCAGACGUGUGGCAGAGGGAAUCUAAGAAUGAAACCCACUGCUGGGACAGCCGUCCUCUGGUACAACCAUCUCUCUGAUGGUAGAGGUUGGAUGGGAGAGUUAGAUGAAUAUUCGCUGCAUGGUGACUGCCCGGUCAGGCGAGGAGUGAAGUGGCUGGCCAACAGCUGGGUGGACGUGGACCCAGAUCACCAUCAACAGGCACACUACCAGAGACUCGUAGCUCAAAGGCAUCGAGCUAAGUCUGGCAUAGAGGAGCAUUACCAGUCUCUUUCACACAGUGACCUCCACCAGGAUCUAUAGCCAGGGUUUUUAUUAACAUGACAAAGAGACCACAUUUUUAAAAGUGAGUCCUUCUUCCAUCAGUGAGUCAAGUGACAUUUCCUAAAUAUCAAGAUGAAGAAAGAAUUUAAUACACAAUUAAAGAAAGAUUCAUGUGAUAAAUAGCAUUUAUACAAAGCUGACAAAGUGAAUGCCAUUCUCAAUGAAACUGCACUUUAAUGUAUGUAGACACUAUAGAGAAAAUGAGCUAGUUUACCUGCAUUUCAUUUUCUAUUUAGGUUUAGGUUUUCUUCUUGCAAAGUCGUUUGUCAGCGCUCUCCUUCUGUUUUGGUUCCAGAGUUCAGGACUUUCUUUUUUUUAAAGUUUAAGUUUUAUUGAAGAAAAUGUUGUACCUUCUGUUAAUGCAGGUGUCGGACCUGAUGUGGAAAUUAUGCAACACCUGUUUUUCAGGUGAAAGUCAAAGUUUGGUCUUUGGUGUUCAAAUUGACAUAUUUCUUAUCCUCGCAUAUCAAAUAUAUUUAUUGUCUGAUGCUAUUUAUUUGAGUGUUAUUUAUUGCCACCACUUGGUGAUUUAAGUUAAAUCAGUGUGUAUUUAUAACAGGUUGAUGUUGCACUGAAUUUCUCACAAUGUGUUAAUGUACAUGUAUGUU